UUAAUUAACUGUUAAUUUUGAUUUAUAUUUAAAACAUUUAAAUUGUUUCUGAAUAAUAAAUUGAUUGUUGAUCAUUGAUUAACCUGCUUAAAAUUCAAAUUCAAUGACAAUCUAAUGUAAUUGGUUAACUAAUUGUUGUAAACUAAACUUAUUGUAAUUUUAACUUUGAUUUGAUUUGCAAAUCAAUCAAAUUAAUCAGUUGAUUGUUACUCUUGAAAGGGUAUUAAUAAAGACUCAAUUUUUUGCCCACACUUGACCCUUAACCUUUUUAACCUGGACAACAACAUUAAUCACUUUUAAUUACAGUUAAUCAUUAAUCUUUUUUAAUUCUCUAAUCAUGACAAUUAUCGUCAACUUUUUAAUCGCUUCUCGUGGACUUCAGUUUUUUGGACUUACCGUUUUGACCUUUGUUUACCUUUUUCUAUUCCCUUACACUGGACCUGGAUCGUAUUUCGAUGUCCAAGUGAUCUUUGACUUCACCUUUCUCGGAAUACCUCGAGCUUUGGACAUUGCGAGUAAACUAAUCAAUGGAACAAUUGACUUUAGUAUUGACCCACAAUUCCCGUUGAAAUUAAAGUUCAACAAACAGCCGAUCAACAAUUUCCAUAAUUAUGAUUACGAUGGUUGGACUUGGGACUACAAAGAUCAUCCAAAACCUGAUCACAAAUCGAUGAUUGGACCUUAUCUUACAAGUUUCUUUACUCUUCCCUGGUCAUUUUACCAGCGGACAUUUGAUAAAUUGUUUCUACAAUCGAUGACCCGUCUAAGCGUUUCCAUUGUGACCUUAAUCGGUUUCGCUAUUUAUUGUAGUUCUGUGACUGAAAAUUUGGCCAUCAUACAACAAGUGUACUGACCUUUUUAACGAUGUCCCAAUUUUAUUUUCUCUUCAAUUUAUCUCGACUUGUACCCAAUUCUUUGUCAAUGUUUAUGGUUCUCGUCACAACGGCUUCAUGGUUUUCCCGACGGAAUAUGACCUUUAUUGCCUUGGCCACAAUAACUGUUGUCGGCUUUCACUCGGUGACAAUUUUACUCUUUAUUCCAAUGGUAUUUUAUUCACUGGUCAUUCGGAAAACUAUGCCCCUUGGAAGGUCAAUCAUCAUGUGUGCGUCAGUUUCGUACUUGACAUUUAUUACCACGAGUUUAUUAGACUCGUACAUGUGGGGUGAGUACGUUUGGUCUCAAUCGAAACUGUUCAAAGAUCUAUUGAACAGAUCGACAAUCGAUCUCGGAUUUUCAACACUCACCUGGUACACUUUGAUUGCACUACCUCGAUACCUUUUAUUCAGCAUAAUAUUUGUACCAUUUGCCUCUCGACGAUGCAUUAAAAGUGCCUUCAUGGUUUCCUACUCUUACCUCGUACUAUGCUCAUUGUGCAACUACAAGGACUUUGACCUGGUCAUCUAUUGUUACCCGUUAUUGAAUACCUGUGCCGCUAAUGCGAUCGCCAUUAGUUUCUAUCGUUUUUUCACCUUGCAACCACACACGGAAAGUUGGUUACUUUAUCUCAUACGUCGGAAACUUGGAUAUCAGGUCACUUCUUUGGAAGAGUUCGAAGCUGAAGAGAAAAAGAUGGACGACCAAGAAAAACUGGAAAAAAAUCGAGAUUCAUUUUGGGAUAAUAUUACAAUCGACCGAUCUAGAAAUGAUUCAGUUAAUUUAUACGAACCAUUAGCUCCGGCCGAAUGGUUGGCCUUGGGACCACCGCCGUACACAUCAACGGCUUCUUCCUCACCACUGGAAAGUCCUGAAGAAACACCAUUAACAUCAGAUGUUCAUUUACAACUUAAUCAAUCACCGCGAGUACGAAAACCAAUUCAAUCUUCACCAACCAAUUUUUUACGUCGACGUGGUGGCCUGAGAAAAGCUUUGACAGGCCAUAAAAGUGUGACAACUUGUAACACACAUCGAGAUGAUCAAACAUCGGAUGACCAGUCCACCUCAAUUAGACCAAAACGGAUUCCCAUUGAGACUGAUAGUAUAAUCCAUAGUGAGGCUUCACACUUUGGGUCAGUUCUUGCGGCAUUAGUGACCUUUCAGUUUCUCGCCAAUGCAAUCGCUGUGUUUUAUUAUGCGUCCACUACUUGUCAUUGUUACCCUGGCGGGGAAGCCGUUGCUUGGCUUAAUGAGCACAUUAAACAGACAGAGUUACCGCUAAUUGAGCCUCAGGAGAUUGGUGUUUACUUGGGUAAACGCACAGUCGAAACGGGUUACACUCGGUUCCUUCAAAUAAACGGCAUCACCUACGAUACAUCGUCCGACAUUUACACAUUGGCAAUUAAAGAUCAACGAUUACAAAAGUAUCACAAUAAAUUUGAUUCAAAUGAACGAAACAAAAACAAACGGACCAAAAAUGAUGGACAAAAUUUUGACUUUAAAGUGAUCUAUUUUAUACUUGACCGUGUCGAUGGUUCAUUUUUCAAUUUGAAUUGUCGAUCGCAUCCUUCAGGCCAAUCGAACGGAGAAACAAUAAUCCAACCAUUGAACACGAUUAUUUCAACUGAUCAAGAUUCUAAAUUCUGUAAAUUAUCCCACGAACUCGUUAAUUGUCCAAUAAUUAAAAUAAUCGACUCUUAUGGUGGACUUGAAUUAAGUCGUCUCCAUAUUAGUAUUGGAAUAAUUCGUGAACCAACUUUAUGGAUAAUUAAAUGUUUGAUUCCAAAUUAAUUGUAAACAAUCAACAAGAUAACUGUGAAAAUUAACUGAUAAUCUUAAUUGUUUUUCCUUUCGCAAAUCUAAUCAUUUUAAUCUAAACCUAUUGAUACAAUUAAAGUGAAAACAAUUCUAAUCUUAAUGAAAAUUCAAA